AUGGAUUUACCAACUUCGAAAGAAAACAGGUCUCCGACUGUCAUCGCUGUUGUUGUGGUUUGCCAGGUUUUAUCCGUCUUUGUUGUGGCACUUCGCUUGUGGACCCGUGGUGUGAUUGUCCGUGCUGUUGGUGCUGAUGAUUACCUUGCAAUUGUAUCCCUGUUAUGUGUUCUUGCAUGCGGGUUUUCUAACAUCAGUCAAACACGUUAUGGUCUUGGAAGGCAUGUGACGACACUAAAAGAUGGCGAAUUACUGCUUUAUCUCAGGAACUUUUACAUCACUAUUGUCCUGUACACGAGUGCAGUGAUGUUCCUCAAGAUGACCCUGCUGGUCGGAUACUAUCGAGUCCUGGCUGUGCAAAACUCCAGAAAACUUUAUAUCGCUGCCAUCAUUCUUGUAGGCAGCUGGUCAGUAUCACAGCUCGGAGUUGCAAUUUUUGGAUGCUCGCCAAUCCACGGCUUCUGGGACUUUUCGGUCAAAACCCACUGCAUCAACACGACAGUCAUGUGGUAUUCCAACGUAGCUGGCAAUAUUGCAACCGACCUUAUUGUUAUCAUUCUUCCCAUUCCUGCCAUUGUUAAACUUAAUCUACCCAAUCGCCAAAAGUGGUAUCUCGUUGGAAUCUUUAUCCUGGGCACCUUUACCGUGAUAAUAUCCUUUAUUCGAAUUCCAUUUCUCAGUACCAACCUGGAUGUCACAUGGGUGCAAGUCAAGUCCACGCUGUGGUCCGUGGUCGAGAUCACAUCGGCUUUGGUUUGCGCCUGCCUUCCGACACUACGACCCUUCGUGCGCCAUUAUUUCCACAAAUUGGACAUGAGUUCCAACAACACAGGUGGGGGAGUGAUCUUAAGUGAUGAGAGAAGUGGUGGAAACUCGGCUGCUCGUCGCCCAGAUGUCUUCCGCAUCAGCUCUAUCCCUAAAGCUCAGGGUGACCAUGCGCCAGACAACAGCUCUGUUAUUGAGCUGUGUGUUACUAAUAGUGCUGAGAACUUGUCAGUUAGCGAUGUAGAGUCUCCAGAGCAUGUACAAAGAUAUUGA